UGAAGCAGGGCAGGGAAACCCCAGCGUGUGAAGCCUGAAGCGGGGGACCAGGGGCCGAAUCCACCAGGUUCCUACCAGGUUUCCCGCACGACCAGAGCGGCCCGGGCCUGCCUUGCGCCGUUGCAUUCACGAGGCGCAUGGUCCGGCAUGCAAGGCUUCUGCCCAACUAAGCGAGCUAUCGCUGGCGGAGUGCAUGAGAUUCCACGGACAAUUUUUUAUGGGCUCCUUUGGGAACUUCCCCCACGGGAAUGUUCGAUUGAGUUGCCACGGCCCGCGGCGCUUUUUUCUUUCCCAAGCCACGCUGUUCUCUUCCGCUGGCUGUUUUGCGUUCACCCCGAGCCCCCGUCACCUGCCACCAGUACAGGAAGGCUCGUUAUACGACACAUCCAAUUGGGCUCUCCAAGCACCAUCGCCACGUUGUGCCCCGCAGCUCUGCAGCCAGCCGUCUGGCACCCGGCGCCCGGCCCAACAAGCGCCCGCCCGCAAGCCACGCCCGAAAUGGCGGCCGGGUCUUCGCCGUCAGUGACGUUGAUGUCCCCUCCCGCGCACUACCCAAAGAACGACCUCCAAACACGCACGCUGUACCUCGGCAAACACGAGGUGGAUCUUCUCCCGCUCCGGCGAGUGGUCACUAGCACGGGCCGGCUCCGGGACUCGGUGAUCCCGUUGAGCGAUAUCACGCCCGACGACGCGAGCGUGUUGCUCCGGGUCAAGCACGUGGUGCUAAAUUUCGCAAGCGACUUUUCGGCUAGGCGCGGCACCGUGCCCGGGCUGCGGUUUGUCGGCAAGAUCCCGCUGCGCCACGCCGUCACCAGCGGCCGGCGCACGUUCUGCCCGAAAGACAAGCUCUUUGUGUUUCCGUACUCGUCGUGCUGGCUCCAGCGCCACGUGCCGCUCUGCGAGAACUGUGCGCUGGUCCAAGGCUCAGAUUUGGACGCCUACGAGACCCACCGCCGCGCGCCAUGCGAGCGCUCGCUUAUCUACGGGCAGCUGCUCGACGGCGGGCUCCAGGACUACAUCCGCGUGCCGUCGCCGGCGCACGCGUUGGUCGCGGUGCCGGAGCUGGUGUCGGUCCACGACUGCUGUUUUCUUCUCGACGUGGCGCUUCCGUUUUUCUCGUUCUGCGUGGACCACUUGGUGGCCCUCCUCCGCGACGCGCCUCGCUGCCGCGUCUUGCUUCUUUUGGGGGACGUCAAGAGGGAGACCAACGACUGCCUCUUGGUGCUCCGGCACUUCCGCCUCGACCACUCGAUGUUCACGUUCACGGACAUACGAGUGUUGGCGGCGCGCCCCGACCUCGAGGCCAAGUACACGGGCCGGUUCCAGCACGUGCUUGUAUUUUCGUCGGCGGCCGAGGCCUUUGCUGCGGCCGUUCGGUUCGGGGCUCCUUGCGGCGGGGCGCCAGGUGUGGAAAGAGGGGCGCGUGGCGAGGGGGAGGCGUGCCACGGGGAGCGUCCUUCGAGCCAGGCGGGUUUCCGUGCGGCGGCCGGCGCCAGGGAACAGGCCAAGAUCUGGGGUGCACAGCUGGAAGCCGGCCGUGAAGAGAGCGAAGCCGCCAGUCAAGAGAGGGGGGCUUCCACUCGAACAGCGGAGACUUCCAAUCAAACAGGAGUCACUUCGAAUCAAGCAGGAGUCACUUCGAAUCAAGCAGGAGUCACCUCCAAUCAAACAGCAGCAACUUCCAAUCAAACAGCGGACACUUUCAUCCACCCAACAAACACCUCUCUGGAAUCAGAGACUGCCGACAGGCCAAACCAAAACACCGCCAAGCCCACGGCCCCCGGCGGGCCCAGCCCCGAGCACACGCUCACCCUCUUCCGCACCACCGGCAGGGCCUCCGCCUGCCCAAGCGACCGCACGCUCCGCCACUUUCGUCUCUCCUACAAAGACAAGUUCUUGAUGGAGCAGUUAUUGGCGACGUUGGCCGCGCUCAACGACAGGUGCUUGGCGGACUUCCCGUUGUUGCUCCCCGGAUGCACCCUCGAGCGAACGCAGACCGCAGGCUCCAGCUCGUCGCUGUCCUUCGGCGGGUCUGGUGCCGAGUCCAUUGAGUCCACGGACUCGCAGAGCCUGCUGGCAUCGGCCGGCGGGGCACCCGUCCAACAAAAAGCGCCUGCCACCGUGCCCCCUAUGCCGGCGGCCACGGGGCUGGCCCGGCGCCAUGUCUCGUGGCUCCACUGCGACCGCGACCUUCUUCUUUGCCUGGACGAAAGCUGUUUCCACGGCGCCCACAGCGGGUGUGAGCAAACAAGCAGCAUCAACGCCAUGCUUGCGGCCCGUAGCCUGCUCGAGCGGGUGUUCUACACGCAGAGGCUGGCGUGCCACGUGGAAUUAAAUGCGUUUAUUUUCUAGGAACCCUGGGCUGCGGCGGGCCGCCGGGACGGCGGGGUGCUGGGAUGGGCGUGGGCUUGUGGCGAUCCUGUGGGGUGUCAUGGACUCGUCGGGCAUUGGCGAAUGGCACGAUCCGUGUAUGUCGUGGGACUGGACAGACUGCCUUUUUCAUCAACCCGGCGUGCCCGCUGAACGGCGAGCAUGGAUUCAUGGAGUCGCCGGGAACUGGUUUUGUAUUGAGCAAGCACUAGUACAUUGGAGUUAUAUGUAUAUAGUUACACAUAUACGUCUUUGUGAAUGCUGAGAAUGGAUCUGCUCUGAUGCCUAGGGUCGUACGAAUGUAGUUGUUGCACAAGGUUUGGAUGUCUUGACGCUAGUAUAUUGGGCUGGUGGGUAACUAUCCAGUGGCGCUAGGCGUUGCAUGGA